AUGUCUCACAUUCGUAAAGGUUCAUCCGCAUCAAGUCCCGAUUUACGUAACAUAAAUGUUACUUCAGGAACUCCUUUGUCUGAUAUAUCUAACGGAAACAUUGCAUCUUCCAGUGGUAUCCCAAGAAACAUUACAAGCAACUCAGCAUCAGUCAUGAUACCUUCUUCAUCGUCUACAAUUCCACCAAAUACUGUUAUAGCAUCAGACGAACCUUCACCAUUGAUAAGAAUGUCAUCAGGAAAGCGGAAAUUAGUAAGAAAACGACGAAACUUAACACCUAUACCUAUUAUUGAUUUGACAACAGAUGAUGAUAACGAGGUUGCUGAUAUCAUUGAUCAACAUUUAAAAGGUGUUUCAAAAGACUACUUGGAUCAUGGUGACCAGAUUAUCAUGUGUCGAACGUGUAGCGCAAAGCUAUGGAAAGCAGAGGCGGAUAGGGGAGAACAGAAGCGAAAUAAACCUAACUAUUUCCUUUGCUGUUCAUACGGCAAAGUUUUGUUACCUGAUUUUAAGCAGCCUCCUGAAAUUUUGAAAGAUCUAUAUGUUGGCGUCAGUGCGAAGAGCAAAUUCUUUUUAAAAAACAUUCGUCGUUAUAAUUCUAUGUUCUCAUUUACAUCUAUGGGAGGAAGGAUUGACAAAACUAUCAACCGUGGAAAUGCACCUUAUGUCUUUCGAUUAAGUGGUCAAAAUUAUCAUACUAUUGGGAGUCUAUUACCUGAUGAUGGAAAGGAGCCAAAAUUCAGCCAGUUGUAUAUAUACGACACAGAUAAUGAAAUAUUUAAUCGACAAAAUGCAGUUGGGGGCUCAAACACUUCUUUUACAAUAACUGAGUCAGCUUUUGAUGUUCAGAUCAUUGAGGAACUUACACUUAUGUUAGACACUAACAACGCUUUGGUUAAAAUUUAUCGACAAGCUAGAAAUUGUUUAAACGAAAACCCUUACAUCGACUUGAAGCUUUGUCUAAUUGGUAAAAGAUCCAAAGAUGGUAGGACAUAUAACCUUCCUGAAGCUUCUGAAGUUGCUGCAUUAGUUAUUGGAGAUCUGACUCAAGCUGUUGAGAAUCGUGAUAUAGUAGUGAAAACAAGAUCUGUUGUCUAUACUGUUGAGUUUCAAAAACGCGGACUUCCUCAUGCACACAUAUGUGUAUUCAUGCAUUCUGACAGCAAGAUUCUAUCUGUUGACCAACUAGAUCCAAUCAUUUCUGCCGAAAUUCCAGACAUAGCCGAGGAUCCAGAGUUAUAUAAACUUGUGGCAGACUACAUGAUUCAUGGUCCGUGUGGUCCUCUCAAUAUGAAUUGUCCUUGCAUGAUCGAUCGUAAGUGUUCCAAGAAGUUUCCUAAGAAAUUUGUUAACGAAACAUGUUUGGAUAAAAAAGGAUUUCCAGUUUACCGUCGAAGGGAUUCUGGCCUAUCUGUUGUUAAAUCACGUGUGAACGUAGACAAUAGAUAUGUUGUUCCAUAUAGUAAAGUUUUGUUAAAAAGAUACCAGGCGCAUAUUAACGUUGAAUGGUGCAAUCAAGUUGGUUCUAUCAAAUAUUUGUUCAAGUACAUUAACAAAGGCCCAGAUAGAACUACUCUUAGAGUUGUUGAAAGUGGAAAUCAGGAUGAGCAGGAACCUGUAGUCGAUGAGAUAGAAAAGUAUUACGAUUGCCGGUAUAUUUCUGCAUGCGAAUCUGUUUGGAGGAUCUUUUCAUAUGAUAUUCAUUAUCGAUAUCCCGCAGUUAUUCGAUUGCCGUUCCAUUUACCUGGUCAGCAAAACGUAGUAUAUGGCGCAGACGAUGACAUUGACGAGGUUCUUAACAAACCAUCUGUUGCUUCUACUAUGUUCUUAUCUUGGAUGAAGUGUAACGAAAAAUUACCUGAGGCACGUAAUCUUACUUAUGUUGAGUUUCCAUCAAAGUAUGUUUUUAAAUUAAGAACUCGCAGUUGGGAUAUAAGGAAACGACAUCCUUCAAUCGGUAGGAUUCAUUCGGUGUUUCCUUCAGCUGGUGAAGCAUACUACCUCAGAAUAUUAUUGAACAAAGUAAAGGGACCAAAAUCUUUUGAAGAUAUUCGUACUGUAAAUGGUAAUUUGUAUCCAACUUUCAGGGACGCAUGCUAUGCGCUAGGGCUUUUGGACGAUGAUAACGAGUACAUUGAAGCUAUCAAAGAAGCUAAUUUGUAUGGAAGUGCUACUUAUCUACGGACGUUAUUUGGAACAAUGCUGAUGUCUGGUUUAAAUUAUUCUGACGAAGAAAUAAAGAAUUUGGCGUUGUUAGAGAUUGAGAAGUUCUUACUUCGUAAUAAUUCAUCUCUGAGGAACUAUUCAAAUAUGCCUUAUCCUGAUGAUGAGUCUAUUUCUUCGUCUAACAAUCGAUUGAUCAACGAGGAGUUAUCUUAUUUCCAAAAUACCAUGGAAGAUGAGUUGAAUAAUAUGUUACUACUUUUAACAGAUGAGCAACCUUCUUUGCUACUUUCUGGAGGUCGAACAGCCCAUUCUCGAUUUUCCAUCCCUCUGAAUCUAAAUGAGGAUUCUCUUUGCCGCAUGAAGCCUGGAUCUGAACUUGCGUGUCUUUUAAAAAAAACACAACUUAUUAUAUGGGAUGAGGCUCCUAUGAUCCAUAAACAUGCCUUUGAAGCAUUGGAUAGAACCUUAAAAGAUAUAUUGAUGCCUGAUUGUUCAAAUAGCGAAGCUUUACCAUUUGGAGGAAAGGUAAUUGUAUUUGGUGGUGACUUUAGACAGAUUCUUCCUGUUGUUCCUAAUGGCUCUAGACAGGAUAUCGUGAAUGCUUCCCUGAGUUCGUCAUAUAUAUGGAAUAAAUGCAAGUUACUAAGGCUAACAAAAAACAUGAGGCUUACUGUUGGCAUGAAUCAUGGUGAUAUUGACAAGACAAAAGAGUUUGCUAAAUGGCUUUUGGAUAUUGGCGAGGGAAAACUUGGUGGUCGCAACGACGGAGAAGCUCUUAUUGAUAUACCUCAAGAACUUUUGAUUACUGAGUCCACUAACCCUAUUGGUAAUCUGAUCAACUUUGUGUAUCCGUCGAUACUUGAAUCGUUCAAUGAUCCAAAUUAUUUUCAGGAAAGAGCCAUACUUGCUCCUAAGAACGACGUUGUUCACGAGAUAAAUGAUACCUUAUUAGCAAUGUUUCCUGGUGAUCAUAAAGAGUAUCUAAGUUCAGAUUCCAUCUGCCAAUCUGAGAAUGUAACUGACCAUAUUCGACACAAUGUUUACCCCCCCGAUGUUCUAAAUGGUCUUAAGGUUUCAGGAAUGCCGAAUCAUAAAUUGGUUUUAAAAGUUGGUGUUCCUAUCAUGCUGUUACGUAACCUUGAUCAGAAAAACGGUCUGUGCAAUGGUACAAGAUUACAAGUCGUAAAACUUGGUGAUCGGAUUAUUGAAGCCAAAGUGAUUUCUGGUAAUAAUAUUGGUACUAGAACUUUUAUACCAAGGAUCAAUCUUUCCCCCUCUGACAAACGAAUACCUUUCAAGCUUCAAAGAAGGCAAUUCCCGAUAGCUGUGUGUUUUGCAAUGACGAUAAAUAAAAGUCAGGGACAGUCGUUAUCUAAGGUUGGUUUGUUUCUAAAGCAGCCCGUUUUCACUCACGGACAACUAUAUGUUGCAGUUUCAAGAGUCAAAAGCAUGGAUGGUUUAAGGAUGUUAAUAUUAGAUGUUGAGGGAAACGUUACUAAUAAGACUACAAAUGUUGUAUACAAAGAGAUAUUCUCAAAUUUAUAG